ACGUGCAUCCGGUGAGUUGCUGGCGGUCCCAGGAGCUGCUGGUCCGUGCGCUGUGAGGGAGGGUCGGAGCCGCCCGCCGCCACCAGAGGAGACCCUCGGGCCGUAGUAAGCAUUAAUAAUGUCUUUCAUCUUUGAGUGGAUCUACAAUGGCUUCAGCAGUGUGCUCCAGUUCCUAGGACUCUACAAGAAAUCUGGGAAACUUGUGUUCUUGGGCUUAGACAAUGCGGGCAAAACUACUCUUCUUCACAUGCUCAAAGAUGACAGAUUGGGCCAGCAUGUUCCAACACUACAUCCAACAUCAGAAGAACUGACAAUUGCUGGAAUGACGUUUACAACUUUUGAUCUUGGUGGGCAUGAGCAAGCACGUCGGGUUUGGAAAAAUUAUCUUCCAGCAAUUAAUGGGAUUGUCUUUCUGGUGGACUGUGCAGAUCAUUCUCGCCUCAUGGAAUCCAAAGUUGAGCUUAAUGCUUUAAUGACUGAUGAAACAAUAUCCAAUGUGCCAAUCCUUAUCUUGGGAAACAAAAUUGACAGAUCAGAUGCUAUCAGUGAAGAAAAGCUCCGUGAGAUAUUUGGACUUUAUGGACAGACCACAGGAAAGGGAAAUGUGACUCUGAAGGAACUGAAUGCACGCCCCAUGGAAGUGUUCAUGUGCAGUGUACUCAAGAGACAAGGCUACGGCGAGGGCUUUCGCUGGCUUUCCCAGUACAUUGACUGAUACUUGGACAGUGAAAAUAAAAGAGUUUUACUUCUCUGGACUGAUCCUAUUCACAGCUUCCUCAUGAACUUUUCUAAUAGAGCAAGGAAAGCUCUCCUACCGUGUCUGGUGUUGAGAAGCCAAGAGUUUCUGUCAACUCUCAUCACCCAGUGGUGACAUGUGCUCUUCUCCACACUGUUGUGAGGUAACGCUGCCCACCCAUGCUGGGUCAGGUCAGUAUCCCGGGACUCGGAAGCUGGCAGGAUUUGCUGGGUAAAACUGUGUGCCAUCAUAGGACACCUGAAAAGAAAAACACGUCUCACCACUGUGGUUGAUUUCAAAAGAAAGUGAUUCUAUUUUUUAAAAAAAAGUGUUGUUAAUGUGAUUGGUAUCCCUCCUGUUUGAGUUCAAAAUUUACUUGGUCCAGAGUUUUCUAUUUCUUUUUUUUUUUUAACUAGUGAAUGGCAUUUAGAUCCUUGGCAAAAUUAUGAACACAUGCACAUUGGAGGCCAGAGCUAAGUAGGGUGGGUGGACUUCUGCCUGCUGAGAUAGAAGGUUGGUGGUGAAGCUCUCCUGCCUCUUCCUAGUUGGAGCUGGCAUCAGCUUGUGUACAGAGUACUAGAAAAGGGGCAGAACCCUGCAGUUGUGCAGGUUCCACUGUGGUAAGCUGGGCUGAUCCCUCGUCACAGAGUGGAUAGUAGAUUGUUCACUGUGGAGAAAUGAGUUAUAGGGUCAGUUAUUGGUAUUAUUUUUUCUUAUAACGUUGCAAGCUUCAGCCAGUCUGCUUUCACACUGUUGUGACAUUUCAUUUCUCUUCAUAGCACCUUCCUUUUUCAUUUCCAGUUAUAAAAAGUAAAAAGAAUUGAGAACGUU